AUGGAGUACAUAAAGAAGAAUCUUACUAAUAGGCGGGCGAUAUUGUUCCGCGGAAUUCCAGCUGAAACAGCACAGGACUUCUUGGGCUUAACCCAAGGAAUGCGAGGCAAGCCUCUGAGCUACGAGGGUGGUGCUGGAUCCAGACCCAAGGAACUGAAAAAUUCUGACAUCUACUUUGCCAGUGCUGAACCUGGAGCGUACACCAUCGAGUUGCACAAUGAAAUGGCGUAUCUCAAGGCUUUCCCCAAGAAGAUUUUCUUUUUUUGCCCAAAAGAGCCUGGCGAGAGUUGUGGUGGCGAGACUCCUUUGGCUAGAUGCAGCGACAUUGUAUCCAAACUUGAUUCCGAAGUCGUAAAAAAGUUCGGUAAAGGAGUCAUGUAUGUACGACAUCUGCCGGACAAAUCACGAUCAGACUACAUGCCCUGGCAGCAUCAGUUUUACACUGACGACAGAAAGGCAGCAGAAAUAAGAGCACAGCAGCGAGGUAACACUGUAAGAUGGGACGAUAACGGUGAUAUGUACUUGACUUACACCGCGCCGGCCUUUCUUUCUCACCCAGUAACAGGAGAAAAAAUCUGGUUCAACCAAGCAACAAGUUACCACUGUACUUACUUGAAAGCACUGCCACGGUACAAAGGUUCUGAUCUUCCGGAUGAGAAAUAUCCCCAUCACACCUAUUAUGGAGACGGAAGUGACAUCGAACCGGAAGUGUUACAACACAUCAGAGCAGUUUCAUGGUCAUGCGCAACUGGGUUUCGGUGGAAGAAGGGUGAUUUAAUAGUGCUUGAUAAUCUUAACGUUCAGCAUGGACGAAUGGCCUUCACGGGAGAGAGAAAAUUACUGGUACAUAUGACGGCAGACUGAACCUACCCUUCACCUUGAGUUUUAGUUUGAAGAGGGAUUAUAAUUAAUGAUCAAGUAAAAGUUGUCAGUUUUUUAGUUUUUCGACUAAGUUAGCGUACAGGAAACCCAAGUUCAUGACACUGAACGAACCCGAACGUGACACAUAGCGGCAAUGGGGGAAUGAUUUUUACGGCUAACGGUUAGGAUUUUGGCCAUUUUACAGCUAACGGUUAACCCAAAUGACACAUUGUAGAAAGAGAAAAUUUUUACAGUUAUUUUUUUUUUACGACUUACGAUCAAAAUUUGUCAAUUUUUACGCCUUACGAUUAAAUUUUUUAGCUGUUUUACGGCUAACAGUUAAACCAUUGAGACCAUCUUAGCGCUCUAGCGCAUAAUAAUUUUACUUAGCUUAUUUUUGAUCGAUCAGUUAUGCCGAUAAAACAAAAGACUUCGGUGAGUUUUGCGUUUUAAAACAAAUUUACAUACCAGAUUGUGUCCAUAGCGUUUCCCACAGUUAAUGACUUGUAACGAGUUGAUAUACAUUCAGAGGCGGAAAUAGAAGAAUGGCAGAAAUAGCUCGAAAGUCAGUUUUCUUCGCACCUAUUAGUCAUAAAUUAUUAUAAAUAAUAAUGACAUGAUCAACAACUUAAGAAGCUCUUGAUUGUUAAACAAAUUCUCCUUUUUAUAACCUUAAGAAUUGUAUAGGAAAAGUAUGGAGCAUAUGCAUACUGAUGUUAGGGUGUAAAGGCUAAAGCUGAAUUAUAAACGCAUUUUGAUUGGU